AUGGCGUCCAGCACACAGUGGGAAACGGUAACACACAAAAAGAAGGCUACGAUCGCCGACAAGAAAGCUGCUCGAAAGGCUCUGGCGGAAAAUCGACCAACCAUUGACGAACUCCCCACUAUUGGGCAGUCAUCAACGAUGUUUGAAGCUUUUGAAAAAGGCAAAAAGUCAAAGCCGAAAACACAGAAUAAUGUGACUCCCUCAAAGCAAGCUAAAAGCAAUAAGAAAACUGUAUCGAAGAAAAAUACAAAAAAAGAUGGCGGCUACAAAACUCUGGAAGAAGCCUUGAAGACACUGGAUGUUAAUGAGAUGAAAUCUUUGUUCACGGAAGUGCAAAACAAGUUUCCAAAUAAUUCUUCGCUUUGGGUCAAGGACUUGGUAACUUUCAUGAACUUGAAACUGAAUGUGAAAGAAAGUGAUCCUGUAUUUACUGACCAACCAAUCGAUUAUCCACUCAGUAAAGUUGGUAAUGGUAUUAGGAACGUCAUGAUAUCCUCACUGAAGAAAUGUUCUCCCGCUACUAUUCAGUUAUUUUAUGAAUUCUGUAUUCAAGAGAUGAUCAGUGAUCGAAAAAAGAAUUUGCCAAGUUAUGGUUACCGUAUUUAUCUACAAUGCAUUGCACGUGAAUAUCCCCAUGUACCAAUUAGUAAUAUACCCAAGUAUUCGGAUAUGAUUUCCAAGAAGCAGAAUGGACCUGCUAGUUGUUUGUCUGUUAUGUGGUCACUUGGACAAGCUGGAUACAGAAACUUUGAGACAGGACUCAAAAUCUGGUUGGAGUUGAUGUUUCCUCAUUUGAGCACCAAAGCGCUGACUAACUUCGUUGUAUUGUACCUCGGUAAUCUAUUCAAAAAUCGCAAGGACAAGUCAGCUGGGUAUCGAGUGAUUGGUCCAAAUGAAUUCUUUCCUAUUAUGGAUUUUAUAUUCACCCCUCACAAUGGACUUUCAUCCAAUUUGCAGAAGAAAUUACUGGAAUAUUACCCAAAGUUAAAG